CCAGCACUGGAUCAUACGGUUGUGGCGGAAGGAGGAAGCGGCAAGUAGCUCUUUAGAACCGACCGAAUCCUCAUCUGGCUCAGCAUCAUUUCCGUGAUAAAUAAGAGAUUUAUAUAGAUAUAUGUAGCUACAAAAUGUCUGUGCUUUGUUAUAAUAAGGGAUGUGGGCAACGUUUUGACCCUGAGAAGAAUUUUGAUGAUGCAUGUACUUAUCACCCAGGAGUGCCAGUUUUCCAUGAUGCCUUGAAGGGUUGGUCGUGCUGUAAGAGACGCACAACUGACUUUUCAGAUUUCCUUAGUAUUGCUGGUUGUACAAAAGGACCUCAUAACCAGGAGAAACCCCCCGAACCCAUCAAACCUGAGGUCAGGACAUCUGGAGAAAAAAAGGACGUUGAUGACCUUAAGCCAAAGUUUAAUGAGUCUAUCAUCCAGGCACCAAAACCUGUUGAAGCAAUUCAGCGACCAAGUCCAGAUGAACCAAUAUCAAGAUUACCACAGAAAGUCUCUGCUUCACUUAAGCAGGCUUUAGAAAAGCUCAAGCUGUCAGAUAAUGCAUCUGAGAAAAAAGAGGAGGAAGGUGAUGAAAUUAAGAUUGGUACAUCUUGUAAAAAUGGAGGCUGCACUAAGACCUUCAGUGGAACAGAGAGCAAUGAGGAAGUUUGCUUGUAUCAUGCUGGAGUCCCAAUCUUCCAUGAAGGGAUGAAAUAUUGGAGCUGCUGCAAGAGGAAAACAUCUGACUUCAACACUUUUCUGUCUCAGGAGGGCUGCACCAAAGGAAAACACCUAUGGCGGAAAAAAGACACGGGUAAGAAGGUUGUGCCAUGCAGGUUCGAUUGGCACCAAACAGGAAGUAAUGUCACCAUAACAGUCUAUGCCAAAAACUCCAUCCCUGAGCUUAGCUAUGUGGAUGCGAAUAGUACCCAGCUGGAUAUCCACAUUAUAUUUGACGGAGAUAAGGAAUUUGAACAGAAGAUAAUUUUAUGGGGUGUUAUCGACACAAGUAAAAGCACACUGAACAUGAUGGCUGCUAAGAUUGAGAUUGUUUUGAAGAAAGCUGAGCCGAUGUCUUGGGCACGGCUGGACCUUCCACCUGCAGUCAAUCCACCCAAAGAAGAGGAGAAGAAAAGAGAGCAUGAUAGCGAUAGCGAUAGUGAUGAUGAUGAUUAGAUGAACAUACAGUACUGUAAGAUAUUUGAGCUUUUUCUAUGAAAUUAAUUCAACAAAGAAUGAAACAUCAUGAUGCAUGAAAGACAUUGUAUAAAGACCAAUAUUUCCAUUGUUCACAAUUCAUUGCACUUUGCAAUAUAAAAUGCAGUUGCGCUUUUCUACGAUUAGUUUCAGAAUUACUAUUCUAAUUGUAUUAAGCUAUGAAUGGUUAUGAAAUGUCAUUUUCCACAGUAGACUGCUUGAGGCACGAUAGCAAGGGUCAUCUAGUUUAAUGUUACGAUGAAGUCCAUUACUAUUGUCAUAAUUGUAAAAUAUCAGGUUGACACUAGAUUACUGUGGAAAUAGCACUCCAUUCUGAAAAUCUCAUACUGUCUACACAUUCCCAUAGUUUAUCCUUCCAUGUCUUUAAAGUAUCCUGCCUUUAAGUGGAACAUUAUGGUUAUUAAAAGUUGGAUCAAUCCUAAAA